UUGUUUAACGCUUGCGAUCACGAUUGUUGCGGUGUUAAAGCCAGCAAAAUAUACAAAGGAAUUUAGUAGCCAAGUGGGUCAGCCAUUCGACUGACGUUUUAGCAGACGAUAAUUUUGUGUUUGAUACGUGGAUGUGUUCUUCGACAAGCAGACGAGGGUCAUUCUGAAUUCUCUUCGCUUCUUUUUAAUGUACUGAGUUAUUUAGAAAACAUGGCGACAUUAGCUAUGGAACCUCGCGUGAAGAAACCACAUGGAUUUUCUAUAGACGCCUUAAUAGGGCGGAAAGAUGACCGAGACCGGGCGAAAACACCCGAAUCACCCCGAACGGACAAAACAGGAUCCCCGGAAAUGGAGAAUCGUUGCAACAGAUACACAGGAGAUGAAUUAAAACAUUUAUUUACUAAUUUAAGCGGACAUUCUGAAAGUAGUUUAUUUCAGCCAUUACGUGUGUGUAAUAGGGUUUUACCUAAUGUUAACCCCUCGCCGUUUCAGUCCCAUAUUCCCAUUAACCCCCUUCUCUACGGACUGGGCAGAGAGAUGCCCCAUCCUCAUCAACAAUGGCUGGCCAGAUACCCAGGUUUUAUGCAUCCUAGAUAUCCGAUGGGUCCACAUCCCGGAUUAUUAUUUCAUCCAUACAGAAAACCCAAAAGAAACAGGACAGCGUUUUCCCCAUCUCAACUUUUACAAUUAGAACAAGCUUUUGAGAAGAACCAUUACGUCGUCGGACAAGAGAGAAAGGGUCUGGCCAGUAAAUUGCAACUCAGCGAAACACAGGUCAAAGUUUGGUUCCAGAACAGGAGAACAAAACACAAGCGAAUGAAGGCCGAGGAAGAAACCGAUUCCACGUCACAAAAAGGAAAUGACAGUCUGACAUCAUGUCACGAGGACGGAAGGGAAAUUGAUGAAAGUGACGGAAGUGACGUUGAUAUGGAUGACAGCCAUAUUGAAUCAGACGAGGAGGAACUAUCUGUUACGUGUGAAUCGUAGUGAAGUCAUUUGAAUAAUGGCGGUGUGUGAAUCAAUAUAAAAACGAGAUUGUCGAUUCAAGAGGAGCUAACUCUAAUACACUACACAAAGGGACACAACUUUAUAUCCCUUUGGAAUAAAACCACGCAUUUUUGUCUCCUCCCGGAAUCGACUAAAUCUCCAAUAAGAAGCUGCUCCGUCCACGUGCUAGAAUUAUCAAGUGCUAAAGAAGACAGAGGAGAGUGUCAAAAGUGCUUCAAUUAACAAUGGUGUGCGAUCCAUUUAUUUUUUAAGUUAUUCUUUUUCCAGUUUACUUUGAACACUUAACGACUGACGAAGAAUAAGACGCGUAGCGAGACAGGGGAGGACAGAGGGGAUUGAACGCUUCCCACCCUCUGAAGGACAUGCCUCCUACCAAAAUCAUAAAAAAAAACAGAUUACGAAAUUAUGCGUACGCUACAGAACUGUAUGGAUAUACAGAUGUCACACGAUAUAUUUGAAGGCAGUCUUCGAACAAAUAAAUGCUAAUUGUGGUUAAUACAGCGACUUUAUGGUCCAGUAUGAAUGCUCGAGUUCGAAUUCAUCUCUCAAUUGUUUGUAUGGAUGUUGUUGAGUGUAGAUAUUAAUGGUUAUUAUGAAAAUAUUUGUUUAUUUCAUAAAUAAUGUUGAGUUAAAGCAAGAACCGUUUAGAUAAAUUAUUUAUGAAAAUAAUUCGGAUUUUGCUUUCAUAGAAAAUAUUUAAAGAUGCAUUAUGUAAGAGCUAAAUUUAGUAUGAAUUAGACAUUUAUUAACAUGACAAGACCAUAAUCAUCUCACUAGACCAUCGAAUGCUCACGAUUUUCAAUGGAUUGAAACAAGAUCAUUAUUUAAUAAUUUAAUUUAAAAACUGGAUAAUCGAGACUAUGUUUACUAUCGUAACAACGGUAGCAAUGACAAUCGAGACUCUGAUAUUCUUCAAACAUCAUAACUUCGCUCAGGAUGAAGUAAUUUGACUGAAAUUUUCAAUUUUUUCAUUUUUCAUUAUCUAUUUUUAAAAUAUUAUGGCGAGAACUGUCAGCACUUUAUCUAAAUCUUACAUAAUGCAUCUUCAGAUUCUUAUAAAAUUUACAGCAAAUGUAAAUAAAAAAAAUAAUAAUCGUAAUUUAUACCUUGUUUUACGGCGCUUUUGUUAUCAUUUGCUAAAAGGUGUGAUGUUUUUGAUCUGUUUUGGGGUAUUUUAAAUUUUGCAUCAGAAUUGUUUUUGGCUUUAGAUUAAAUGUUUAUUUGAAAUUUUGGUUAUUCUAAGUGUAAACGGACACGAAACAAGAGUAAAAUGUAGCCAAAUUAUGUUUUAUUCAUUAUCGAUUUUCUAUAAAGGAUGAGCAUGUCCUUUUCGUGGGAGAGCUUUAUAAACGUAAAUUUUAUUAUGAAAGUAAAACUUCAAUACAUCAUAUGACGUCAGAUACCUUGUGACGUCAUAAUUUCUUUUUGGUAAAAUUAAAUAUUAAAAUUUCAUGAAAUUUAUAGAUGCUAGAAAUAAAUAACAAU